GCACACAUCAGGUUAUUCCACCUGUAAAGAGAAUCUGAUGGAAGCCUGUUGUUGUUGUAAACUCUAUUUAUCGCAUUGAAUUCAUGUGAAACAUUUGCUUAAUCAGAACCCAUGUGUUUUUUAUGAAAAGCUCCUGGGGCCAUUUAUAAUGUGGCACAGAGAAAAUGAGCAGCCAGCAGCUAAUACAACAUCAAGUUCAACAAUAGUGUAGAGUAUUGAUAUACAUCAUUCUAAAAAGUGUCAGACAUCACACUGUAUACUUUGAUCUACCACAAUUCUAAACUGCUAUCACACAAUGACAGAUUUCCAACUAACCUAAUAAGUCCGUCUUUGACUAUUAACACAGACUUGCUCCUGUCUUUCCGUGUUUUCUGUUGAUAUGGACAAAAUCCAAAAUGGAUGAGGAGGAGUCAGCAGCUACGUGUGAAUCCAUGAAACCAAAACUGACAGACAGUAUUCUGCCUGGACGCAUGUGAGAUCGGGGAUGAGUUUUGUUGUGUUGUUUUUGCACAUUAUCGAUUUAUCGAUGGAGUCGCCUGUUAGCACGGCCCUGUGGGGGAGCAACUUCACAGCGGAAGACUCCAGGCCGAGCUUCACCGACCAGCUGGUGACUCCCUCGCCUGUUGUGCCGAGGGUUGUUUCCAUAGUGACCAGCCUAGUGACAGCCACCGCAGAGACCACAGUGGGAACCACAGCCUUUAGAGACGAAAGAGGGAGCGAGCUCGGUCAAACCCACCAGGCAUCGACCCCAGCACUGCUGAGUACCACUGAGGGCAACUCUGUCCUGCAUGGCAUCACAGUGGCAGCUCAGGCCCUGGUGCUCCUCUCCAUCUUCCUCCUCUCUUGCCUCGGUAACUCUGCAGUCGUCAUCGUCAUCAUCAAACACAGGCAACUUCGAACGGUGACCAACGCCUUUAUCAUGUCGUUGUCUCUGUCCGACUUCCUCACAGCUGUUCUGUGUCUGCCUUUCUCCUUUGUAAUGCUCUUCAGUAAGGACGGCAUCUGGAUGUUCGGGGAUCAUUUCUGUGUGGCCAAUGGCUUUUUCAAUACCUGCUUUGGUAUCAUUUCCACCCUGACUAUGACUUUGAUUUCCUUUGACAGGUACUACGCCAUAGUUAGACAGCCACAGGCUAAAAUAGGGCGCCAGAAAGCAACUCAGUUGUUGAUAGCUGUGUGGGUAACUGCUGUCAUUUUCUCUUUACCUUGGUAUCUACUAGUAAGGACACCUACAGAAAUCCAUAAGCGAGGGUUCUACCAUUGUAUGUAUGUGUUCCACUCUGGGACCUCACGCAUGGGGACGACUUACAGUAUCUGCCUGAUUGUUGUUUGUUAUUUACUGCCCUUCUCCCUUAUGUGUUUUUGUCAUUAUAAUAUCUGUAAGACAGUGCGCCUCUCAGAGAUCCGAGUCAGGCCAGUGACCACAUAUGCUUACUUAUUACGAUUUUAUAGUGAAAUGAGAACAGCCACCACAGUUCUCAUUAUGAUUGUUUUCAUCAUUUUUUGUUGGGGGCCAUAUUGUUUAAUGGGGUUGGUUACAGCAAUGGGAGACUACAAAUUCAACCCUACAAUGGACACAGUGGCCAUCUGGCUGGCCUGGGCAAAUGGAGCCAUCAAUCCUUUGAUCUACGCCCUGCGGAACCCAAAUAUAUCCAUGUUACUGGGACGGAGCAGAGAGGAGGGUUAUCGGACCAGAAAUAUUGCUACGUACCUCUCCGGCCAAACCCAGAACCGUGAGAUUCGGCUUAAUCAAGCGGAAAGGAUUAGGGACCGCUAUGUAAGUCGCGUUGGGAUGAAUAAUAACAGCCGGCUCUCCAGUUCAAGUCCUGGAAAGGGAGGAGAGGUGGCAAUGUGGGCCUGUAAAAACCCUGCUGUGUUCUUCUGCAGGGACGGCCAGCCUGACACUGCAACUCUACCCAACUCUGUCAGCACUCAUAAGAUGAAGACAGCUGACACCAGCCUGUGAAAUUCUGAAAUAAUUCUGAACCAUCUAGUAUUGUUUUUAUCGUAUCUGUAUGUAUUUAAUAUUAUUAUGGAUACAGAGACUGCUGUCACCAUUUUCGAAAAUACCUGAUUUCUGUCUCGUCAGACCACAGAAUCUCAGUGUUCCAGUGUCAUAUCAGAUAUGUUGAUGAAGCAUGUGGAUUUGGAAAACUGAUUAAGGGUAUAGUAUUUUCUUAAUCCCAAACCUUCCAUGCUUGAAGUGUAUUUGUACUGUAUCCUACAUGUCUUUUUCAGAGUGUCAUCACCAUCAAUAUGACGUCAUUGAUAGCCAUUUGUUUGAAUGCUUAAAGAACCUAAAGUUACACUUCCCACACGAGCAACCUCGUAAUCUAUUCAUCUAGCACCAGGAAGUGGUCAAUGAAGUGAUUUUAAACGACUGUAGAUGGCAAGCUAACCGCUAGGACACUAAGCAGGGAACAUCAUUUCUGCUAGCUACUUAUUCAGGAGACGCAUUUGUACCAUAGACUCGUGCCAUCGCUGUCUGCAGUUCAUUCUCUGGUAUAGCAUGGUUCUAAUAAAGUGGAUGGUGCAAUACAGCUAUUAUCCAUUCCCACAGAGGUCACAGCUGAGAAGAUUUGCUAGUGGUGCCAGACAAGUUCACCAAACUGGAAAAAUGAUUUGUAUGCACAAAUUAGUAAUGGUCGGCACAGGUCCUUCACCCCUGAGACCACAUUCACGAAUUGCUGUAAUUCCUCUAAAAGGAAUUGAUCUUGCACUGAUUUAAAUGCUGGUAUGACUCACACUUCAUGAAGGUAGUCAGGUGGUAUGGUUUGGGUCAUCGGGUGAGAGUCGGCCAACGUUUUUUUUGUUGCUAUGGCCACAACCCUCUAUCAACAUUAACCAAGUAGGUUUAAUUGCUUAAAGGAUAGUUCACCCAAAAAUGUAAAUUCACUCAUUAUCUACUCACCCCUGUGUCGAUAGAGGGGUGGGUGAAGGGUUUGAGUCCACAAAACACUUCUGGAGUUUCAGGGGUAAACAGUGUAGCAGCUGAAUCAAAUACAAUUGAAGUAAAUGGUGACCACUUGUUUAAUAUUUAUGCCACAUUAGAGACCGCAGCAGGGGAAUUUAUUGCUACAGACACUGUGACAGGUGCUGUAUCAUUUCAUUCACUGGAGUCUGUCUGUUUAGGGGUUAGGGUUGAAACGUUUUGGAACCCCUGCUUUGGAUCAUAUGUCCAUUUUGGAAGAAUGCCUAUUUUGUUGUUCAGCUAUGAGGACGAGCAUUUUGAGUUAUAUUCUUACAAGAUUUAACGAUGAGAGCCAGAUGUGAUUUGUUUGCAGUUUUUCUUCCGACAGGGAAACUAAUGAAAUUACAUCCUUCAAUUUAGAUUCCACAAAAUAGUGGUGUUAUGUAACAAUCAGUCAUUUCUUAAAUGACUGCUGAGAGAUCAUGGUUUCUGAAAGGUACAGUCAGCAGUGAAGAUAAACCUUAUAGGGAAUAAGCCCAGAACCUGCCCCUGAUCUCCACUAAAUUGGGAUUUCUCGCUUUGUAUUGAGUCGUGUUAUGCCCUUGAUGAGUCAGUAGGUGGUGGUAAUUAACUGUUCACUGGGGACAGGAUCAGUGACAGUAGUAAAUUACUAGGAAAGGGAAAGUAUUCACUAUGGUCACUCACUGCUCUUUGUAACUUUUCCAGAUCAGUAACAAUAUAAAACCUUUUGAAACAAGGCACAUGAAGUGCUUUAGUUAAAGCUCAUUGGGCCAGUUAAUGUGUUUUAUUUAUAUAGGUUGCAUUAACCAAUUGAUCAGUUUGUUGCUGUUACACUUCUGGUCAUUGUGUUUAGAAAAUAUACUCUUCUCAUGUCUUUAAGUCACGUGAGAGCUUGAUGUGUUUCAUGACCGGGCUCAGUGAGCAUUCAACCAACUGUACCUGUAGUAUCAUGCAGCAGUGUUUCAUAUGUAAUCACUAGUAAAGAUUAAAUCUGGAUUUUUAAAAUCAAGAUUCAUGGAUUGUUCUCUUAACCCUAUCUAUAUCUAUGUUAAAGAAAGUGAAAAAAAUUGUCCAAAAACACAACUUCCUUGGAGUUAAUAAUGUGAAUGCCUUUAUCUGUUGCAGAGGCAUCUGUUAUUAUCCCAUCAUUUGUUCCAUGGAUUUCUGAUUAUCUUUCAGUUUGAACCAGUGUUACAGCUGAGGUGAAAAGGCUGACAUGGGGCUCUGAAUCGUUGACGUAGGUAAAAUUGAAUACAUAAAGUUUGAUUACAGAACAUUGGAUCUUCUACAAAAUAUAUUUGACAAUGUUGUAACAUUCAACAACUUCUGCAUGAUUUUAAAGAAGAAAAAUAUUAAACUGAAAAUAUUAUGAAAUUUCCUACACAUAAUAGGUUGAAUCUUACAAAGAGAAAUCUUUUUUUCCACACAGGACAUUUUGAGAGCUGGAGACAUGCAGGCAUAAAUAAUAACACAAUUGCAAUUAAUAUUAUGAUAGCAAUUCUCCACUGUGCUGGGUCAGCUCUGGAGAACAGUCCUGUUGCACACACUAUCUUUCUUCCGUACGAGAAAAAGUGCACUUGCUUGUAUUUCUUUAAUGCCAAUCACAAGAUUAUACAACCACUGUCACUGGGAACUUUUUUUGAUGGAAUAUCUGUACGUGUGGAGGUGAUCAAUGUCUUAAAGUGGGUAAUGGGCCAGGCCAAUGGCUAAGAAAAGAGCCAACACCACAAAAACAGCAAAAGAUGCACAUCGACUGUGAGAUUCAUCUUUUACUCCAUGUUCAGCAUGAACUGUACAGUUGGUUGGUAGCUCAGAGGUUGCUGCUGUUGUCAUCAGGGUACAUUUCUCUGUCAUCAUAAGAAGUAUGUUAUGUUUCAAAUGUGAACUACAAUUGUGCAAAAAGAGUAGGCCUCACCUGAGAGUUCGGUUUUUAGUGCUGUUGUCUCCAAAGCUGCAGCAGGGAAGAGGAUUCAGGUGCCAAGCAG